AUGGCCAGCAAGCCUUCACGCCGCGCUCAGCUUCGCGGCGCCGCGAGUGCGCCCCCCAGUGAAGGCACCGCGGGAGCAGCGCUUCCGCCUUCGCUGUUCGCUAAGGGCCCCUUCCCCUUCCGCGCUGCCCUCCUCGCCUCCGCCGCCCCCGACUCGCUUCCGCCAGGCCCUAGCGGGGCAGCGCAGCCGGCGGGCGUCGAGACGGCGGACGGCGGUCGCACUGUCACCGCUCGCUGCGCCGAGGGCGCGGAGGGGAGGGGCGAGAGUGAAGGCAGCGACGGGUUGGGCGGUCCGAGGCGAGGGCUGACGUGUUCGUGUUGCGGAGAGACGUUUGAUGACGUGGCAGAACAGCGCGCGCACUUCAAGAGCGACUGGCACCGCCUCAACGUCAAGCGCCGCGCAUGUGGGCGCGCAGUGCUGUCAGAGGACGCCUUCGCCGCGCUGCUGGACGCCAGGCGCGCGGGGGAGGGCGGGGGGGAGGCGGAGGGGGAAGGGGGAAGGCGCAGGGGCGGGCAGGGCAGUGCGAAUUCCUUGGGCGCUGUUGUGAGGGGCGGGGCGGGCGGGGCAGCGGAGCAUCAGGGGGAGGGGGGAGGCGAGGAGGACGAUGAUUGGUCGAGCAUUUCGGGGUCGGAGGACGAGGAGGGAGGGGACGACGCGGACGAGGAGCAGCAGCAGCAAGCGGGGGGGGAGGGCAGGGCGGCAGGGGCGGGGCGGGGGGCGAAGGUGCACUUCGUGCUGCCCCACACGGGCGUCACUUUCGCCCUCUGGCGCGCGCUCUUCCCCCCAGGUGCGCUCUUCCCCCCAGGUGCGCUCUUCCCCCCCCCCGGUACCCACCUCCCCACUGUGCCCACCUGCCACCUCCACGAGGAGGGCGCGGACCUGCUGCAGGCGCUCGUGGCGCUGGGGGAGGGCGCAGGGGGGGCGCACGGGGGAGCACUCAGAGGAGGGGGGGAGGGAAGCGCGGAGGCUGGGGACACGGAUGGGGGAAGGAGCAGGAGGUGCGGGGGGGUGGAUUCAUUGAGGGGCACGGCAGGCGGUGGUGCAGCACAGGAGGUGAUGGCUGUUGCCGUGGCUGCUCACGAGGCUGGUGGGCCUCACCACCCACCAUCACGUCUCUCGCCGCCUUGCUUUCGUGUUUUCCUUGCAUCCAUGCCCUCAACUAACGCCUUCCUUCCCCCCGAUUCCUCUUCCUCCCCUCCCCCUUCGCGCCCGCAGGACAUCCGCGCCUUGCUGCAGCAGUGGCAGCCCUACCUGGCGCGAGCACAGUUUAUCUUCGUGCACGCCACCGCUCCCAACCGCGCUGCACUCUUCGGCACGGCGGCAGAGGCGCAUGCGAGUCGGGGCACAGCAGCGGGGGCGGGGGCGGUGCUGGCGGUGCGCGACCCGCGUGUGCGGCGGGUGCCCUUCCCCGUGCGCCGCCCCACCGUCAAGGAGGCGCUGCGCGUGGCGCACUCGCUGGCGCACGUGCACGUGCUGGGGGGGCCGCGCAGGGCCGAGGGUGGCGCGCACGGGGAGGUGGCGGUGGGUUGUGGGCAGGAGGGCGCGCUGGGCAACCAUGCGGAGGUGACUCGGCUGCUGCAGCAGGGCGAUGACCCCACGCAGCGGGACGGCAGGGGGCGAGUGGCGUACGUGGUGGCGGCUAACAAGGCCACAAGGGACGCCUUCCGUCGCCACAUGGCGCUGCAUCCCCACCAGUGGGACUGGCACGCCGCUGCCGUUCCCUCCGCGCUCACUGAGGAGCUCGAGGCGUCCCAGGCCGCCCGGCAGGCGGAGAAGGAAGCAAAGAAGAAAGCAAAGGAGAAGGAGAGGAGGCAGAGGAAGAAGCAGGAGGAGAGGGAACGCAAGCAGCAAGCCCUCCACCAGUGCGCGCCAUCAGCGCCAUCGCCAGCACCCGCAUUGCCUGCGGAGACU